GAUGUUUAGUUUGGAAUCCCGCCGAAUUAAGUUCCGCGUGACGUCAGUGACGCGUCGGCUCCGCCUACACGCGCAAUGUCAUAUCUUUGUCCGGUCGGGCAGUGUACGCGGGCGUCGGGAAUUCAACGGAAGCUAAAUCCGCAACGCCGGACGGCUUAUUUAUAGCCGCGGACGCUUUGUUGGGCGAGUCAGCGGCGCAGGGAGUCGGCUUCGUAGACGGCCGCCACGUGACAGUGGCGUGCUUAUCUCGGGGCUCGAGUGCCGCGUUUUAUCUCGCAGUGCAUCGGGCUUUAUAAGAGCCCGAUGCAAGCGGCGAUGCAGAUUUUUUUUUACCGCCCGAUGUCUCGAACGACGUUGUUGCUGUGGUUCGCGGUAUGCUCGGCGGCGGCGGCCGCCCGGGGGUGGUUACGCAUAGCCAACGGGGGCGCGGUCGGGGCCGGCGGCUACAACUACACAGUCAGCGUGCGGAGGAACCUAGUGCACGCGUGCGGCGGCUCGAUCCUCAACCAGAGGUACGUGCUGACGGCGGCCGUGUGCGUCUGCGACGAGAACGGGCCCGUAAACGUUACGUCACUGACGGUCCAGUACGGGACCGUUAACGUGACCGCCACCAACGACAAGAGCGUCGCCGUCGCCAACGUCACCUGCUAUCCCUUCGCGAGGAACGUACAGAACAAUGACGUCGCCGUGUUGCAACUGGCAGCCGCUUUGAACGCGUCCGACAAUUCGUGGUCUACGGUGACCUUGGCCGACACCUUCGACACCGACUGGACCAACCAGGGCGUGGUCGUGGGCUGGGGCGUCACCGAGCCGUACGGGAACAUGUCGUCGACGCUGCUCCAGCUCGACGUACAGAUUCUGGCGGACGCGAUUUGCUCGCUCCGCAUUAACUACUUGCGCCAUCUGUGUUCGACGGGCGGCGACGGCGGUCUGUGCGAGGGAGACUUCGGGUCGCCGCUCGUAGUCGGCGGCCUCCAGGUGGGCAUCGCUUCGUACAGCCUGGGGGCGCGCUGCGGCGUCACCGGCGCCUUCAUGCCCGACGUCUUCACCCGGAUCACUUACUACGUCGACUGGAUCCGAGCCAACUCGCAGCCGUAAUCGCGAUUCGAGAUUUGUUUGUCAAAUAAAAGUGCUGA